GUAUUUGAUACAACAAGGCUACUGACCCUGACACACGAUCAUGAGUGACCACAGGGUUCUUCAUCAUGACUUCCUGUUUCAUAGCUUCAUCAUCGCAUGACAACAAAAUGACUUCUUAUAUCAUCAAAAAUGACCUCUGACCCCGUUGACCCAUACAUCUUCACCUCUGAGACGCUCCCCUCUGACCCCCGCUUCAUGCCACCACUCACUAAUGGACUACUGGGAUGGAGAGUAUUUGAUAAAAUUAUGCAUAUGGGCGGGGUUUAUAAUGGAGAGGGCGGGGCCUGUCACCGUGCCGACAUUCCAUGUCCACUGGCUGUAGAAAUAAAGCCGGAGGAAGCGGGACAUCAUACGUACAAGUUAGACAUGCGUGCAGGUGUAUUCUCUCACACUGUAGUCACUCCUCGUGUUGAAGCUUCUCAGGUUUUAUACGCUCACCGGCAGCAUUCAAACCUCCUAAUCAUGGAGGUUCACCUUCAGCGUCUGGAGACCACCGCUGAACCAAUCAAAGUUCACUUAGACAGCUCUUUCAACCCUCAGAGUGAUGACAUCACUUUUCAAAAAGCACCUGACUACAAGGGAGGGAGGCAUAUUUUUGGACAGACCAUCUCUUCAGAGGUUCCUGGAGCAAUCCGUCCGUUUGUGCACCUGAUCUGGACGCCCAUCACAACUUCUGUAACACUCCUGCCCGACCAAAGCCACUCCAGCUGGGUUUUCCUGGUUGCUGUUGCCGGAAACAGCGAGAGUGCCCAGUCAUAUUACGAUACCGGUUUGGAGCUCAUUGCUUCCGGUGACUUAAGCCCCUCCCAUCUGAGGAGUUGGGCGGAGCUGUGGACAGGAAGCAGCAUAGAGGUGGUGGGACCAGAAGCCCUGAACCGCGCUCUGAUUGGCUGCAUGUUUUAUCUUCUCAGUGCAUUCCCAACUUUUAAUGAAGCACCCAGGCCGUUUGGGGGAGUCAGUCCUGGGGGUUUGUCAAAUGGGGGCAAAGAUGAAGAUUACCUUGGACAUGUGUUUUGGGACCAGGACAUGUGGAUGUACCCUGGUAUCACGCUGUUUUAUCCUAAACUGGCCAAGGAUGUAUUGGAAUACCGUGUUGGGACAAUAGAGGGUGCUUGUGCUAACGCCCAACAGAUGGGGUACAAGGGGUUGAAGUUUCCAUGGGAGGGUGCAGUAACAGGCCGUGACGUUUGUCCAGAUGACCUCAUAGUACAGCAAGAAAUCCACAUCAAUGGAGACGUGGUUCUGGCUUUCAAGCAAUACUUUUAUCUCACACAGGACAUUGAGAUGUUCAAGGAAGGGCGGGGCAGCGAGGUGGUGUGGGGCGUGGCCGACUACUGGGUCUCAAGGGUUACGUGGGACCCUACCAAGCAGGAGUACCAUAUCAAAGGAGUGAUACCUCCUGAUGAGUACUACACUAAUGUUGACAACUCGGUGUUCACAAAUGCUGUCGCCCAAUGCAGUCUUCGGUUUGCCGUGGAGUUGGCCAGCAUUUUAUCACACCCCUCUCCUCCUGAAUGGCAGGACAUCGCUGAUAAGAUCAAAAUCCCCUUUGACCCGGAACUGAAAUAUCAUCCAGAGUUUGAUGGAUACACACAAGGAACUAAAGUCAAACAGGCAGACACAGUGUUGCUGGGAUAUCCUCUUGGCAUGUCUAUGACCCCAGAAGUCAGACAGAAUGAUCUGGAAACAUAUGAAGCUGUCACAGAUCCACUUGGACCAGCCAUGACCUGGGGUAUGUUUGCGGUUGGUUGGCUUGAACUUGGGGAGACGCAAAAAGCGCAAGAGCUUCUGGAGAAAUGCUUCAAAAAUAUCCAGAAACCAUUUCAGGUAUGGAGUGAGACAUCCGAUGGCUCUGGUUGUGUAAACUUUCUCACUGGUAUGGGUGGCUUUCUUCAAGCAGUGCUCUUUGGCUAUACUGGUUUCAGAGUGCAAAGAGAGAGCCUUGCCUUCGCUCCAUUGCUACCAAAAGAAAUCGGUGCACUCAGUGUGAAAGGUGUAAGUUACCUUGGCAACAAGAUGGAUUGGUUGGUUAAGAGUACAGAAGUGAGUGUGACAGUGAGGAAGCCUGCAGAGGGUUCUGGAAGUAAGGAACCGGAUGCUCUUGAAGUUGUACUGAAUACAGGAACCACAAUCCCAUUGAAUCCAGGACAGUCGGUGACGUUUCUACGGCAACCUGGUCAGAUCCGUAAGCAGAAUUCCGGAUCUUACUGCUGGCCUCUUUGAUGAUCUUCACCUCAAACCAGCUGAGACUCCUCUGUGUGUUCUUAGUUUGUCUACUUUGUUUUCUUAUUAAGUAGGAAAGAUAUUUUUUUCAAGACUUAAAUGAAACAUUGUAUGAUUUAUAUCUUUAUAAAUAUUUUUGUAAUAAUGCUCAUUCAUUUAUAUCCUACAUUUUGUGUACUGUAAUAAUGCAAAAUACAUGCAUUAUAAAAAAUAAUAAAUAAUUAUUUGAUUUU